AUGGAAAAAGCUUCCGAUCUAGAAUUAGAAAUGAAUCGAGAUCCAAAUCAAAAUCAAGAGUUCUCGGCUGAUGAGAUUCAGAAGUUAGCUCGCUUACUAAAUUGGCUUUCAAAUCUACAGUCGAAUGCAACAAGAUCCAAUAUGAAUAUACAUGUAGAUCCGUCGAGUGUCUACUAUCCACACUCAGGCACAGGUACUAUCAUGGCAAUCCUUGGAAUUGUUGAAUUGGAAGAGGAAUUGUAUGAAGCAAGAAAAAGGAAUUGUAUCACAAAAUUGAAGGCAAUAUGGGAAGAUAUUGAUAGUGUUAAACCAGUUCCAAGGGAGUUCUAACUACCAAUCAUGUUGAGAGAGAUACGGCUUGCAUCACAUUGUGGAUUAUGGAAAGCUGUCUCCCACCCAUAGAGCCUUUUCCCUGGCAAUAACCACAACCUCGAAGCCAAGGACGUAUCAACAAGAUGUUGUGCAUGAGUGUUGGAGAAAUGCAAUCAGUGUGGAGUUACUCACCCUUGAGAAGAACAGGACUUGGACUAUUACUUUGCUGACUCAUGGUAAACGUAGUCUCUGUUGCAAGUGGGUGUUCAAGGUGAAAUUGAAUCUGGACGGCAGCGUUGAGUGCCACAAGGCGAGACUUGAGGCUCAAGGUUUUAAUCAGAAAGCAGGCUAUGAUUAUUUGGACUCUCAGGAAUGAUAAUCAUUUUUCUUCCAUUCUUUGAAGUCCAUCACUGGGGUGUGCCAAUAUAAUUAUUUUGCAGUAUUUAUUUAAGUGUUGUAGGCCUCUUCCUAAUUCACCAGCAUUAGCAUGCAUAUUCUAAAGGACCCCAUAGGGAGCAGCCUUAUAAGGUUCCUGCUGUAGGAAUUCAUUGGAUGCUUUGGUUGCACCACCCAACACGUGUAUGAACAUAUAUGAAGGUUAUGUUUUUAGAGAAAA